UUUAGGAGAUGAUGGAUUAGAUCCUGGUGGUAUCCUUGAGCAGUUUCGUCUUCUAGACCGAAGUCAGAAUGGUACUACUUCAGUUCAAGUCAGGUUUACAAACUUGUGCUGUAAACCGGUUUCUGUGCGGUGGUUGGACUACUCAGGUCAAGAGAUACAGUAUACCGUACUGCAAUCCAGAGAACAGUUUAGCGGGAGGAAGAACAGGAAUAUUCAGCCCUGAAUACUGGCCCACUCACGCUAGUUGCUUUAUGUGUGGAAUGCGGCAAUCUUUAAUAAGUGUACGCGGCUGUCAACUAUCUCGUGGAUUUCACAGCAGUCCAGGAACCAGUUUUCGUGUUGGGUCAACACAUUUUGAAGAAGAAACUUUUUACGACAAACUAGAAAUACAUCCUCAGUCUACUUCGCGGGAAGUUAAAGAAGCCUUCUAUAAACUAUCUAAACGGUAUCAUCCGGAUACAAAUGCUGAUAAUGAUGAGGCAUUAAAGAAGUUUCAAAGUAUGUCGGAGGCAUAUGAAGUUCUAAGUAAUCCGGCGCAGCGUGCUAAAUAUGAUAAAGGAGUGCUGGGCAGAUCCAGUUCUGUGGCUGAAAGGGAACAGGCUUCACAUUCAUUUGAUAAGGAAGUGUUCUAUGGAGCUAGAUCUGGUCGUGAGGGUAAACCAGGAGGAUCUAAAGAUCUAGAUCAAUAUGUCAGUAAUAGUAGAACAAUUUCAUUCAGGAAAAAACAAGAAUUUAAGAAGAAGGUAUCAACUGGUACCUCCAGUGGCGGGGUCAGGAGCACCAUGAAUCAAUCCACACACGCCAAUGCCAAGCUUGAUAGUGGAAUUUUUAAUGUUUUUGCAAUGGGAUUCGUUUUUAUAGGAUUCCUUAUUUUUCUUCUGAGAUGAUGAUUUUUUUAUGACCCAGUGCUCUGUUAUAGAUGCUAGACUAUUCAGAAUAAAGUAGAAAUAAAUAUAAAAAUUCA